UUUUUUUCUGCCUGCGCCACGCCCCCUGCUCGCGGUGCGCGGUGUAUUUUGUUCGGUGCUGUUUGCUGACGGCUCUGCGCGGACACAGAGAAAAUGGCCUCUGGUAAAGCUCAUAUUGGGAAGCCAGUUCCAGACUUCCAUGCCACAGCAGUGGUGGAUGGAGCCAUUAAGGAAAUAAAGCUGUCAGAUUACAAAGGCAAAUACGUGGUUCUUUUCUUCUACCCACUGGAUUUCACCUUCGUCUGUCCCACAGAGAUUAUAGCUUUCAGCGAUCGAGCUGAGGAGUUCCGUAAGAUCAACUGUGAGGUGAUUGGUGCCUCUGUGGAUUCUCAGUUUACUCACUUAGCCUGGAUCAAUACACCAAGAAAGGAAGGGGGCUUGGGUUCCACAAAUAUCCCGCUGGUGGCAGAUGUCAGCCACAAUAUUUGCAAGGAUUAUGGAGUCCUCAAGGAAGAUGAUGGCAUUGCAUACAGAGGUUUGUUCAUAAUUGAUGGCAAAGGUAUCUUGCGACAGAUCACAAUUAAUGACUUGCCUGUGGGGCGUUCAGUGGAUGAGACACUACGCCUGGUUCAGGCUUUCCAGUUCACAGAUCAGCAUGGCGAAGUGUGCCCGGCUGGCUGGCAUCCUGGCGGUGACACCAUCAAGCCCACGGUGAAAGACAGCAAGGCUUUCUUCGCCAAGCAGCACUAGGCUUCCUGUGCUGGCUGCGCGACUGCUGUGUGCCACUGAAGACACCUGGUCUAAUGUGAAGGGAUUAUUUGUGACGAAUCCCAUUUAGUGCUCUUUGGGAGAGCUGGGCGACAAAAGUCUCCCGCAAGUAGUCCUCUGUAGAAGUUAGCUUGAAUAUACCUUUCGAGUAAGGUGUUACUGUGUUUAUGCUUCAAUAAAAGUGGUGAUUCAAAUAA